AUGGCUCUAAUUUUCUCUCUAAUUUUCUUAAUCUCCUCCGCCGUUUUCGCCGCUGCUAGCGGUGAAUAUGGCUUCUCCGUCGAAAUGAUCCACCGUGACUCCCCCAAGUCUCCUAUGUACAACCCAUCGGAGUCCCACUACCACCGUCUAGCUAACACCCUCCGCCGAUCCAUCCUUCUUAACAAAGCGGUGGCGCUGUUAGACACGGCAGAGGCGCCAGUGUUCAACGACAGAGGAGAAUAUCUCGUGGAGGUAUCACUUGGAACGCCGCCGUUUCCAAUCCUAGCCAUUGCUGAUACAGGAAGCGACAUCGUUUGGACGCAAUGCCAACCAUGCCCAAAAUGCUUCGAGCAAACCGCGCCGAUGUUUGACCCGAGUAAAUCGUCGACUUACAAGAUAAUCCCCUGUUCCUCGCCGAGUUGCGCCUUGGCUGGACAAGAACGUUCUUGCUCCGAUCGGUCUGAGUGUCGAUACUCGAUUAGUUACGGUGAUGGGUCCCACAGCAACGGCGAUUUUGCCGUUGAUACCCUCACCAUGGGGUCCACCUCCGGUCGCCCCGUGGCAUUUUCUCGUACUAUGGUUGGUUGUGGUCACGACAGUGGUGGUACUUUUAGUACUAAUGUCUCCGGGAUUGUUGGACUUGGUCGAGGUCCGGCGUCGCUCGUCCCGCAGAUGGGCGCCGCCUCCGGCGGCAAAUUUUCCUACUGUUUGACUCCGAUCGGCGACUCAGCUGAGUCGAGCAAGCUGAACUUCGGCUCUAAUGCUCAAGUAGCCGGCUCUGGAACUGUCUCGACUCCAAUUAAAACCAGUGACCGUUUCGAUUCCUUUUACUCUCUCAACAUAGAAGCCAUGAGCGUCGGGGGCAAAAGAUUUGAAUUUCCGGCGGCUUCCGCCUUGGGCGACGGAUCAAAUGUCAUUAUCGACUCCGGCACCACCCUUACUAUACUCCCAACGGAGUUCUACUCCACCUUCGCAACGGCGAUCUCCAACUCAAUAAGCCUUGAGCGAACAGAGGACCCGAAUCAAUUCUUGGAUUUCUGUUUUAAGACCACGAAUUUCGACUUUGUAGUUCCGUCCGUGACGGUGCACUUUGAAGGCGCCGAUGUCCCCCUCCGUCGUGAAAAUGUGUUCGUUAUGGUGGCGGAGAAUGUUGUUUGCUUGGCCUUCCGCGGUGGCGAUGGGCAAAGUAUUUCCAUCUACGGCAACAUUGCACAGAUCAAUUUCAUUGUUGGUUAUGAUGUUACGAGGAACUCUGUCUCCUUUAAGCCGGCGAAUUGUUCGGCUAUGUGA